AAUUUCCGAAGGAUAACGCGAUUUAAAUUGUAAUGAUAUUUCUUUUUCAGGGUCUUUGAAUAGAAAGUUAAAAAGAACAGCAUUUAAUACAAAUAGAAAGCUUUUGUAACAUUACACAUGGCCCUUAAAAAGUUUGGGGUCAGUAAGAUUUUUUUUUUUUUAAACAAAUUGAAGAAAUGAAUACUUUUAUUUAGCAAGGAUGCACUAAAUUGAUCAAAAAUGACAGUAAAGACAUUAUAUAUAUAAAUAUAUAUAUAUGUUGCAGAUAUUUUCUGGCCCCUCCUUCUUGUUCUUUAAUUGGCUCAACUUCAGUGACAUCACUGCAGGUGAGCUGAGCCCCGCCCACAGGCACAAAACCACAAUGUGAAAUCACUGCUCUCUUACACUGUGUGUUCUUUGAUCCAGAUACAUACUUGUUUCCUGCACUGGAUAAUUUGCUCUUUGCUGUUACAAUGGCUGAACAAGCUCAGAAGAGAUCUGCCGAUCGCAGCAUCGUUCACUGCCUGCUCUGCCACAAGCCGCAGGAGAAUCUCCCAGUCCACCUGACAAGGGUGUGCAUGAAAAACAGCACCGCAGAAGAACGAGCAGAUGAGCUGGCCAAGGCCAAGGCUUCCGGCCGAGCGUGGAUCCGCAAAAACAGGGCCUGGAAUUACAACCAGCUCUGUGAGAUCCUGCCCGACAGGUGCUCGCGCAUCGCCAUGGUGAAGGAGCUUCUACGCCGUGGUUUCUUCAUCACGGACCUGCCCCAGGAGUCUGAGCUGGUCUUGGAGGCUGAACGUGACUCUCCCAGUGCUGCCGCUCCAUCUCCAACACAAGAGGCUGACCACCCAUCUGAUCGUACUCAAAAGCGGUUUGUGGAUGGCGCUCCUGGCAUUAAAGAUUGCCAGACGAUUUUGCGAGUGGCAAAGCCAGAUUUCCUCAGGAUCCACGGGGAUCUGCUGAAGAGGAAAGAGCUGUCAAACACAGAGAAGACGCUGUACCGCUAUUACUGCGAGGCGCUCUUGGUGUUCCGGCACAUGCAGCGUCCAGGAACUGUGGAAGCCUUGACCGAUGCAGACUGGGUGGAGAGGAUCACAGAGGGCGGCAGAGUGGUGAUCUGCGUACAGAAGCAUAAGGCUUCAAGUAUGGGAAUCGCCUUGACGAAAGAGGAGGAAGCUUGCUUGCAGCUGUACUACAGGCAGAUCAGGCCUGAGAACAUUGGGCUCGAAAAAUUCUGCCAAAGUUUUUUCGUGUCAUCGUCCCGCGAGGCUGUUCACAGUGUCUCACAAGACAUGAAUCGCCUCCAUGAAAUGUAUAAACUGGCCCCUUUCACGAGUCAGGAUGUACGGAGGGCUGUUGGGACGGCAGCACAGAAGCUCCCGGCGCAGCAGCAGGAGGCCGUGAACCAGUACACCCAUAGCGCUGGUGCGGUCCGGCCUCGGGAUGUUGUGGACGCAGCUGAGCUGUUGGACUCGUUGGCCGGCACUUCUUCGGACGAUGACACCUCCUUAGCUGAACUGGGUACAGCUGGAACCAGUUCGCGGAAAGACUUCUCUGCCUUUGUGACCAGAUUUCCGGUUUCUCUGGAGGGCCAGCCACCAACCAAAAGGCAGCGGGUUGAUUCAGGGUUUCCUGCAGACCGUGUCUUUUACGACAAGUGGCGGACUUCUCAGUACGCCCAGAGAGAGGAGUAUCUGCUGUCACGCUUCACACUCCGCAAGCCUUCAGCCGUAAAGGUGGCGAGGCUGAUCACGCAGGAGGGGUGGAAGGCCAACUAUCCCAAGCCCGAAGAGAUCGAACGGUUGUGGAAACCGGCUCCCAAGCGCACCAUCGAGACUGAUGAGGUCAUAAUUAGAUGUGUGUCUGAGCAGACCUGGACAGGCCUGGCCAUCAAGGACUUUGGUGCCGAGCAAGGUCUAGGAGUGGUUGCAACACGACGGUUUUCUAAAGGCGACAUUGUGUGCGAUUACCACGGGAAGGUAAUCCCAGCUGCAGAAGGGAGGGCCAUGAUGCAGAACAUUCAUGACGAGGCCGGGUACGUGUUCUUCUUUAAAGCUGGACAGAGAGACCUGUGCAUCGACGCCCAGACCUUCCCCUGCGAGUGCCACCCCGACGCAAACACAGUUGGCAGAAGAAUUAACCAUUCUUCCAAAAGGCCCAACUUAAAGCCCUUUCACUGUGUGCUGAAGGUGAACGGAGAAGACAAGGAUGUCAUCCUCUUCAAAGCACUGCAGGACAUCACCGUGGACACACAAUUCAAAUUUGACUAUGGGUCUGCUGUGACAGAAACCCCUGCUGCCCAUCAUCUGUUUGUCCUGGAGAGAGAAAGAUCACUGACUUCUCCAGCCGAGAUAAGUUCAACCAACUGUUUUAUAUGCUCCACUAAUCAUUCGAUUCACACAGACAGUCUGAGUCUAAUCUGCGAUUUCUUCUUCGUUGCAGCUACAAAUAACCAAACAUCAGCAGCUCACUCAGAAGAAGAAGAAGAAGUUUUAGCGUUCGUCCCACCUUUUAACAACUGGAGACAGUAUGUGCCAUGAUGCACAGUACACAGUAAUGACCUGUUCAUUGCUUCUCUCCGUAUAUCAGUUUAUUUGGUCUCCAAGUGCUCAACUUCAGUCCACAAAAUUACACUUCCCCUAAAACCUUCUUCUUCCAGCAGUCAACACGACGAAGUGAGAAGGACUGCUGCCGGUCUGUUGUGAGGAACUCCAGAUAUAUUCACAUCAAACACAAUCAAACAGACGCAAGAAAGUGUGGAGGAAACGACAGGAAUCCACAGCUAAAUCAAGGCCCACUCCAUGAUGGACCCAUGCUGGAGAGCUCCCUUCGCCCCCCUCUGCACCAGUUUGGGAUCAUACAAAACACACAACAUUCGAAUGGUCUCUCUGCUUCUGUUCUGAUUGAAAAAAGUUUUGUACGACCCAUUGUAAGAAUAAAAGUGUGGUCACGUUUACCAUUUGUGAAUUUUCAUGAGCGAAAUCAAUAGUAAUCUACGACAUCAGAAAUUUUGCAUGAGGCCAAAAUAUUUCCCCACGGCUUCAAGUUGGUCAAAUGAAUUCGCUGCGUUGAAAAAAUGUAUGUCCAUCUCUGAAAAUGAGGCGGGAGGGGGGUUUGAUGUUGGUUCAAAAGGUGUGAACUGGGGGAAGCACUCAGGCAUUACACUGUGAAUUGUUUUUAAUCGUUCAAAAAAGAAACAUAUAAAUUGAUAACAUUUAUUAAAACUUACUAAUUCAUUAAUCAGAGUUUGUGGAAAAUAAUUGGACUGAAGGCUAGACUGUUUUUAAACUAAAUAUUGUCCUUUUAUUUGCUUUGCACAUGUAUUUGCUGAUCUAUACUACUUAAAAUAGCAAUUAAUUGCUAAUUAAAAUCAUAUUGUUACACUAAUCAGAAACAAAAGUAAAUAUGUAGCCAAUAACACGCAUUAAAUACUUUAUCACAAAGCUGUGUUAAUGUUUCCACUUUAUGCAUUUUCAUGUUCUUUCAUAAGUCUGACUGUAAAUGUUGUUUUCAGUUAUAGUUGGUCACAGUCGCACUCAUUUAAAAUGACAAAAGCAUCUUUUGUCUGCUGGCUAAUGCUGACAUGUGUGACUCCAUUAACACUACAGUCAUUUAUCUAGUAUACUGUCGUUUACACAUUAGAGAUGGCUUAACUUGAAGCACCGUGGUGUGAGAGCAACAGGAGAGAAUCAAAUGCUCACCUGGAAGACAUUUUUUUGUAAGAUAUAUGUUAAACUAUGCAUCGUCAGUUUAUGAGUAAAUAUCGAUCGAUCAGUACCUUUUUGUCUUACAAUGGGAAAAGGUCUUUUUUCAGCUUUACUGCAAGCAGAUCAGGCCUAAGAACAUUCAGCCUGAAAAAUUCUGCCAAAGGGUUUUUAUGCAUAACGUGACUUGAAAACAAAAAGCAGGAUAACGAUAUAAAAACUACUUUGGGUGCAAUUUAAAUGUUUGUAUACAACUGUUUUUAUUUGAGUGUUUGACUGAUUAUUAGUCCUGAUGUGUGUGAGAUUGUUUGGGGGGUUUUGUGAAGAAUGUACAGUUAUUUUAAGUAUAUGUAUUUGUAGAUUGGGAGCACCCCUGACAACCCCAGUAACCAGAGAAUAAUUGGUGUUUUGUUUUUUUUUGUAACAGUUUUUUUUUUAUUUCCCACUGCAACAAAAAUGUUUUAUUAUAAGAGAUGUUUACAUAUAGUCCACAAUAUAUAAUAAUAUCUGCAUUUACACAAAUGAAGCAGUUCAAAAGUUUACGUACACUUAACUGAUUCUCAGUACUGUGUGUCAUUAUGAUUUUUUAUGACAAGUCCCAAGUUUGUCCUUUCCAGCAUAUUCUGCAUAUUUUAACCCUUUUCAGCAGUGAGUAUGAUUUUUAAGAUCCAUAUUUUCACACUGAUGACAACUGAGGGGUUCAUACACAACUGUUACAAAUGGUGAAAACAUUUACUGAUACUCCAGAAGGAAACAUUGCAUUAAAAUUCAGGGCGUGUAAACAUUUGUACAGGAUAAUUGGGGGGUAAAUUGUUUUUAUUUUGUCUUCUGGAAAAUAUUUUAUGUAGCUUUUGUAGGGCAGUACUAAAAAAAAGUAGAUCUUUAAAUAAAAUAAGAACAAUUUCCAAUCAUCCUGUUCAAAGAUUUACAGCCACUGGCUCUCUUAAUGUGUUGUGUUGCCUUGGGCAUCAGUGAAUGUCUGCAGCUUUUGGUCAUCCAGGUAACAACACACACUAUUAUGAAUUAAGAAUCAAGCAUAUGUCAACUUUUGAACUGGAUCUUUUGUGUACAUCUUCCAUUAUUAUACCAAAAGUUGUCAUUUUUAGAAAAUGAAGAAAUCAAAUUAAUUGUAAUUUUACAUUGUAUUACAGAAGUCAGUGGGGACCAGAAACCAUGUGUUUUUGAGAUAAGUCUCCCCCAGCUGCAAAGGCAAAUGUGCAAAGAACGAAAACUGAAUAACAUACUUGUGGAAGCUGCGGGACUGUUGCACUUAAGUGGACCCUACCAACUCUAACAAUUUUCCAAAGAGGGUCAUUAUCUCUGACAUUUUAAUUUGAAAUGUAAAAUCUGAAUGUGUGCUCAAUUAAAUUCUCUAGGCAAGUUUUA